AUGGCGACCGUUCAACCCGGGCAAAGAUCUCUGGCCAUCGAAAUUCCAAUGGGACUUGAGAGAACCGUCCUCCCACGCAUCUCAGCUCUCUUCCUCAUAUAUUUCGAUAUAAAGGCAGGAUAUACAAUUGCAUGGAAACGAUCACUAUCUAAUGUCCAGCUCGAGGGCGUGGUCGAGUACAAAAGUCUUCCAUCUGGACUACACUUAGUCAAGGAAGACUUAAUAUACUUUGUACAUGAUAAUUAUGCUGGACUUAGCGCUUUCAUCAAUAUACCAGCGGGCGAAGAGAUGAGAAACUCUCGAAUGAUUGCCGUAGGAAUUAUGGUUCCACUCAUCUGUGGAAGACUCGGGAGAAGUUGGAAGCACUCCGAAAAUUUAAAGAAAAUGGCAAGGUUCGAGUUGAUACACGAUACCAGCAAGACAAAGGUACUCGAAGAUUAUUGGGAACAGCACAAAGAACUUAACUUAUCCAUCCAAUUCGAUCAUGAGUCUCUACUUGAUACACCAUCUAACCCGGAAUUCAAAUCCCUGCCUAGCUCUCCAUCGAAACCAAGAAUCCAAAAGCGGAAUUUGUCAACAUCAGAUGCUCCUAGCUGUGUACCCUCUCAAGACACAUUACCUGAAAAUCACCCAGCAUCAAGCAUAUCGGGCCUCUUAGAAAAGUUUGGACCUCUAAUAUUCCCAGUUUAUCGUGCGGCGCUCCUGAGACAGAGAAUACUAAUUACUACAACAGUUCCAAUCCAGGAGGUCUGCAAAUAUGUAUACGACAUUUCCAUCCUCUCCAAUAUUCCCCUCGCCGUGCGUCAUUUAUUAGCGCCUCAAGCCCCUCCCCAGAGACUGCGCUCGCUCUUUUCGAUUGGAAUUCACGAUAUACCGUUUCUGGAGGAAGAUCUAAGGAUGUCAAAGCUAAAUCACAUCAACACAGAGUCCAACUAUUCAGAAAUACGAGGGAUUAUGGGUAGUGGGUGGAUUGCCUGCACCACUGAUAAAGUCUUAGCCACGAAAAAUACUCUUUACGACGUUCUCAUCACCAUGCCGUCAAAACACCAAGAUGACAGCGACAUGUUGUGGCCCAAACUUCAAACGUCUCAGGGGAUUGAAAUAAAAGCCAGUCAACGUGACCUUAACCGAUACAAGUCUCUCAGAUGGGGAUUGACACGACACAUUUCUCAACCUCCUACACCCAACCCCAAAGAUCUUCCCAGCACUAAUACAGCAGAAGUAGUUGGUAAGCCAUCCCUGAAGGAUGCUACAUUAUCUGUACCAGCAAGGAAUUCUUCGAUAAGCCUCCAAAAUACCGACAGUAUCAUCGAACCAAUCACUUGGUCGGCGCUGGCUUAUUCAAGCUUUGUGUGGUGGGCUUCUGCAAGUGAACAAUAUCUAUGGCUCCAGGAAGAAUCUGAAGCAGAUUCGCUUCUCCUGUCUAACCUUUCCACCUCCAAUCAGACAUUUUCGCAUCCUCAGCUUUCCCCGACCCAGAAAUCCCCUGGAAAAUCCAUGUUUCCACACGAUAAAUCAGCACGGGUCGAGACAGCUAUCAUCGCCUACUUUAAUAGUCUCACGACCCAGACUAUUUGCCUUCUCAACAAUCUUUCGGACACAGGGGAGCUAGAUGAUGAGCAAUACGAUGAGAGCAAUCCCCUUCAACCUACAUCGGGUAGCUGCGAGGAUCACUCUGGACCAGUCAUAGAUGUAAAUUGUGCUGAUAUUGCCCGAUUGGGCCUGGAUGUGUGGUCGACAGCAGAUCAUGACUUUGUAGCAGAGCUGACCCAAAAAUAUCUUGGGCGCACAGCUUCGGUGAUAGGACCAUUUAUCGAAGUGUGUGGUAUCAAGGUUUGUUGA